CUUCUGUGCUUAACGACUCGAGAGAUUGAUGGAAAGAGUCUGGAAGAGGCGGGCCGAUCUAGGCCGACGAGCUCCAGACAUUUCUAGACAGUCCACUUGACCUCAUCCAUGGGGCAAGCAUGAACCUGCGUUCAUUAGUUCAUGAUUCCCACCCGAAGGCACUUGCUUUCGGUCUUCAUAACAAUUACUUUCACCGCCGUAUUCGUUAGACAUCUCAUGUCUGCUCCACCACGCACCAUCGUCAUCGGAGGCGGCCUAGCUGGCUUGAGCGCUGCUCAUACUUUGCUGGAGAAGGGGGCCAGUGUGCUGUUGCUUGACAAGAAACCAUCACUCGGUGGGAACUCUGUCAAAGCGAGUUCUGGUAUCAACGGUGCCGGGACUGAGGCACAGGCUAAACAUGAUAUCAAGGAUACAGUCGAGGAAUUUAUUAAAGACACUACUGUAUCCGCUGGCCCUCUCGCACGUCCAAAUCUCAUCCAAGCAUUAACAUCUAACUCGGCACCAGCUCUUGCGUGGCUCUCCAGCAAAUUCAGUGUUGACCUUUCACUUGUCACCCGUUUGGGUGGACAUACUAUUCCGCGUACGCAUCGAGGAAAAGGCGGCGCACCGGGCUGGGCUAUCACCUCGGCGCUGAUCAAGAAGCUCGAACAGGAACCCAAUGCCUCCAUCAUCAAGUCUGCAAAGGUGCUACGCCUGUUGGAGGAAUCAGGGAAGGUAUACGGUGUUGAGUAUGAGUCGGAGGGAAACAAGGUCCACGCAGAGGGACCGGUUAUCAUCGCCACAGGAGGUUACGCAGCAGACUUUUCGUCUUCAGGAUACCUCACUCAAUAUCGGUCUGAUCUCCUCACGCUGCCAACUACGAACGGCGACCACGCUACCGGUGACGGACACCGUAUGGUGACAUCCCUCUCCUUGCCCGCCGUGUUGUGCGACAUGGACCAAGUCCAGGUUCACCCGACAGGGUUUAUCGACCCUGCCAACCCAGAUGCCAAGACCAAGUUCCUGGCCGCCGAGGCUCUGCGUGGAGUGGGCGGGAUCCUUGUCGACAACACAGGCGCGCGAUUCGUGAAUGAGAUAGACCGACGUGAUGCGGUGACUACAAAAAUGCAGGAGGUUAUCGAGACAGGCAAAGGGCCGGUCCGGUUGAUACUGAAUUCGGACGCUGCGACCGAGUUAAAGGCACAUUGCGAUUUCUAUGUGGUAAAAGGGCUGAUGAAGAAAUUUGAGGGCGCGGUGGCUUUGGCGGAGGAGAUGGGCAUUCCAGCGGAUAGCCUGAAGAAGACAUUUGAGUCUCACAGCAGGUAUGCGAGGAACGAGGAAACGGAUCCAUUUGGAAAGACCUUCUUCCAUAACCCGACAUUCGAGUCGGAGGCGCCAAUCUUGGUUGCACUCAUGACGCCUGUCGUGCACUACACGAUGGGUGGAAUGCAGGUGGACGAAAAGGCGCGAGUGCUCCACGCCGACGGUUCGCCCGUCCUUGGACUGUUUGCAGCCGGUGAGGCUAUUGGCGGUGUCCACGGACAGAACAGGCUCGGAGGUUCGUCUCUGCUAGAGGCUGUUGUAUUCGGACGAAUUGCGGGGACGUCGGCAUCGUCUUAGGGAAGAAAUUCAAGGACAAUUGUAUCAUUAGGUGUGCAUCUGUGCAAUGUGAGAUGUUUACUUCUUGAAAUGUUCGAUCCUUCUGUGGCAUUGUGAUAGCUCAACUAGAGGCAUGGAAGGCCCAAGGAAACUUUGAACUAUACACGAUCAAAUUGCCGAACGUUUUCCUUGCAAUACGCGCACGUCCGAUUGGGCGGAUUGUGUACAGUCUUCGUGCCUAGGUCAAGCUGAGGGCAUCGGUUCUUGUAAUGUGUACGUCCUUUUCUGGAUACGCAAGCCUCAACUCUAGAAAAACACCGACUUCUGCUAUUCGAAUCGGCGGAUACCUUCAGUACCUCCUCGUUGCAUUUCAUCCAGCUGCUAGUAAUGGAGGAUGUUCCCUUUGGUAUUGUCCCAUGAACAGCGUGCCUUUACUGGCUGACCUACGUCCUUAU